AUGGAGCAAGAUCCUAUCGCCGCACCCCUUCCCCACGACAUCCACGAUGAUACGCUUGGUGGCAUAGAAGGAUCCCCGCAGCUCCCCGUCGAGCCGGUUGGUCAUGAACCACCGCAUCACCGAUCGCAAUCCCUCGACCAAGGCCUAGCCAAUAGCGCGCACCCCGACGAUCUCGACCCGAACGUCCAGUACGAUGCCCAUCAAUAUGACGCCCCACAAGCGACGCCAAGACCCGGUUCAUCUAUGUCUGGACCUGGCGAGCGACAAUUCGGUGAACAAGCACCCCGAGAGAGUAACGGCGCGGAUCGAAACACCCGGAACCAUGUCGUGAUCAAGGUUGGCAUGGUAGGAGAUGCGCAAAUCGGAAAGACAUCUCUAAUGGUGAAAUAUGUCGAAGGUAGCUGGGACGAGGAUUAUAUCCAGACGUUGGGUGUCAACUUCAUGGAGAAGACGAUUAGCAUACGAAACACCGAGAUUACAUUCAGCAUAUGGGACUUGGGUGGUCAAAGGGAAUUCGUGAACAUGCUACCUCUGGUUUGCAAUGAUGCCGUGGCUAUUCUAUUCAUGUUCGACUUGACAAGAAAGAGUACGCUGAACAGCAUUAAGGAAUGGUAUCGCCAAGGACGAGGCUUCAACAAGACAGCGAUUCCCAUCUUGGUUGGCACAAAGUAUGACCACUUUGUCAACUUCCCUCGAGAAGACCAAGAAGAAAUUUCGAACCAGGCCAAACGAUUCGCUAAGGCGAUGCGAGCUGCUCUUAUCUUCAGUAGUACCAGUCACAGCAUCAACGUCCAAAAGAUCUUCAAGAUCGUUUUAUCAAAGGCAUUCGAUCUCAAGUGCACAAUACCCGAGAUCGAAAACGUUGGCGAACCCCUUUUGCUCUACCAGUCCGUAUAA